AUGGAGAAAACUGGGGCAAUAGUGAGUUCUCACAAAGUUACAGUGGAAAUUAGGGAUGCAUCCCCAUCACACUACUUGAUGAAGUUUGAAUCUUUUUACAAACUAUCAGAGAAUGAUAUUGACAUGUAUGAAUCAAAUGAAUUUGAAGCCUGGGGCUAUAAAUGGAAGUUGAUCAUCUAUCCCAAAGGGGAUGACAACAUAGAGGGAAACGAUUACAUCUCCGUCUACUUGGCCAUUGCGAAUGACAGCUCCUUACCUGCUGGUUGGGAGGCUAAUGCUGUGUUUAGCUUCUUUCUGUUUAAUCAACUUUGUGACAACUAUCUUGUUAUACGUGAUACAUAUCGGCUUACCUUCUUCUACUUUACAUUCGUUUUUUUUCCUUUUCCUUUUGAUCGAUAUAGAGCAUUCUCUGGAACUUCUAUGUUCGAAAUUUUUCCAUCUGAACUCGGACGUCAAGUGUGGCGAUUUCACAAGGUCAAUUGCAAAUGGGGUUUCUCCAAGCUUAUCUCUCACAAAGCACUGAAAGAGCAGUCCAAUGGAUACCUUGUCGAUGACAGUAUCAUUAUCGGAGCUGAGAGGCGGAUUAAGGAUUUAAAUUCUAUUGGUUCAGUUGAACCUGGUACCGAAGGGCUGAAUCCACCCUUGAUUGAUGACCAAAGAAUCUCUAUCUAUCUUACAUCAGUUGAUGCUGAGGGAUUUGGUUGCCGGAAAAGGGUUAAGGCAAAAUACACCCUUUCUGUCAAAGACCAGAUUAAUGGUGAACAUCACGACGAAGGUUAG